UCCGCGUAACGGGAUCGCGAGUAACUUCAUCAUCCAGCACCACAAGAGGAACCUGUUGACAGCAGAAGAAACUUACAGAACUCAACACAAACUCUAUUCUUCAUACCCAAAUGCGCAGAAGUAUGCGCUUAACUCGGAUGGAUUGAAACAAAACUUCUCCUCACUUUCACAGAAUCAGGAGCAGAAAUGCAUGGGGAGAGGACACGAACUGUACUGCAUCUACAUCUAAACUGCGAUAUAAUCCAGAACUGGCGCUGACAUGCAGAGCUGAGCAGCGCAAUAUUUCAUUUUACGCGUUUUUACGCAUGGCGCACAGUGAUCCGUCAUCUACAGGUGGACUUGUUGAUUAUCGGGGAUCGAAAGACUAAACUAUAUGUGAUCUACUUGUGAGAUGAUCAGUAACUAUAUCGCAGGCUGGGUGGAAGUAACGUGACAUGAUGAAGGUGAUCUUACUGUGUGCGGCGCUUCUGGGCUGCUGGAGAAGCGCACUGAGCAGCAGAUCCUGUCCUGACCUGAUGAUUGACAGCUGUCACUGCACCUCCGAGAGAUCAAAGGCAUUUAAUAGACAGAGUGUGCGCGUGAAAGUUGUGUGUGACGAUGCGGACCUGACGGAGACCAUGCAGCCCAGCUCUUUACCCAACACAACAGUGUCACUAAUCCUGAGCAACAAUAAGAUCUCCGUGCUGAAAAAUAAUUCUUUCCUCGGUCUGGGCGCUCUAGAGAGACUGGAUCUCAGAAGUAAUCUCAUUAGCAGAAUUGCCCCCGGUGCAUUUCAUGGUCUGUCUACUCUGAAGAGAUUGGAUCUCUCCAACAACCGGAUUGGCUGUUUCUCUCCUGAUAUGUUUCUCGACCUCGGUCGCCUCUCAAAACUGAAUUUGUCUGGGAAUAUUUUCUCUACACUUCCGGAGGGGCUGUUCACACACUUACCUUCCCUGAGAGUUCUGAACUUCGGCUCAGAGUAUUUGUUCUGUGAUUGUCAGCUGCAGUGGUUAAUGUUGUGGGUCAGAACUCACUCAGUACAUUUGGGGAAUGAAACAGUGUGUGCAUAUCCUACCCGUCUGCACGGACUGGAGUUCUGCAGCCUUCACGAACAGCAGCUCACCUGCGAUGGUCCUCUGGAGCUCCCCGUCCUGCAGCUUAUCCCGACUCAGAGACAGCUGGUGUUCCGCGGUGACCGUCUGCCCCUUCAGUGCACGACCUCUUACCUCGACCCGUCUAUUAAACUGACCUGGAUUCACGAGCAGCGUCCCGUACACACGCUGGAGGAGAGAGGAGUGUAUGUCGAAGACAGCAUCAUUCAUGACUGUUGCCUCAUUACCAGUGAGCUCAUCCUGUCCAACAUUGAUGUCGGUGUUUCCGGUAAUUGGCAGUGCCAUGUAACCAGUUCCCGUGGCAACAGCUCAGUCGGCAUGGAGAUCAUGGUGUUGGACACGUCUGCGGUGUACUGCUCUGCCGAGAGGGUCAGUGGCAACAAGGGGGACUACAGGUGGCCGAAGACAUUAGCUGGAUUCAUUGCGUUCCUGCCAUGCGCGGUAUCCAGCUUUAGCUCUGCCCCUCAGGAGAAGAGGGCGUGGCGCAGGUGUGACCACACAGGCCGAUGGGCAGAGGAUGACUAUAACCAGUGCUCUUACGCAAGCGAGUUUACCCGCGGCCUGCAUGAACUCACACAGACACCAGUGAACAUCUCUAAUGCUCUGGCUUUGGCGCAGCAGCUCUCUUUUUUCACCAGCAGGGCGGCGCUCUUUGGAGACAUGAUGGAUGUCAUAUUCGUCACACACCUUGUAGAAAGAAUCACACGCCUGGUGGAUCAUAUCAGUGAGUUGGGUGAUUACGCGUUUGACAUCGCGAGUAACAUGAUGCAGGUGGAGGAACACAUUCUCUGGAUGGCUCAGAACGAAGCUCGUGCAUGUACGCGCAUCGUCCAGUGUGUGGAACGCAUUGCAGAUCUCGCACUCAACACAGAAACACCUGUCAUCUCUAAGGUCUCUCCUAACAUCGCUCUGGAGGCGUUUAUAAUCAGGCGGGCCGGUGUAAUGGGUUUAUUGUGUACCGUGGUGCAGCGUCCCCCUGUGGCAGACACUGGACAAAGCGAGAGCGAUACUGGUACCAAGUCAGAGCAGAAAACCCUCCUAAACUUCAGAUGUCACACUGUGAAUGUCUCGGGGUCACCCAUGGGUCAGCUCAGCCAGAACACGGUGGCCAUCGCAUCCAUACAUUUACCGCUGGCUGUUUCUCAAUCUGUGGAUAACUCCACCUGCAAGCUGCAGUUGAUCGUCUUCCGCAAUGGAAAGCUCUUUCCUUGCACGGGGAAUUCGUCAAAUCUUGCGGAUGAUGGGAAGCGCAGGAGCGUUUCGACACCAGUUGCAUUCACCAAAUUAGAUGGGUGUAGCCCCGGGAGCCCCGUGCAGCCGGUUACUGUCGCUCUCCGGCACUUCUCGCGGGGUGUAGACCCCACCGCAGCCUACUGGGAUUUUGAUCUGCUCGAUGGACACGGCGGCUGGCGGGCGGAAGGGUGCCACAUAACGGGCUCCGGACUCAACACGACCACCAUCCACUGCGCACACCACAACAACCUCGCAGUGCUCAUGGAUCUGAAGAAGGUGUUGUCGUUUCCUCCGUAUCCGGGCGAGUUCCUGCACCCCGUGGUGUACGCCUGCACAGCUGUCAUGCUGCUCUGCCUCUUUGCCUCCAUCAUCACCUACAUAGUGCACCACAGCACGAUCAGGAUCAGUCGGAAGGGAUGGCACAUGCUGCUGAACUUCUGCUUUCAUACGGCGCUGACGUUUGCCGUGUUCGCCGGAGGCAUCAACCGAAUCAAGUACCCCAUCAUCUGCCAGGCCGUGGGCAUUGUGUUGCAUUACUCCUCUCUGUCCACUCUGCUCUGGUUGGGUGUGACGGCACGAAACAUCUACAAACAGGUGACCAAGAAGCGGCAGCAGCAGCAGGACCCAGACCACACACCUCCCCACCCUGCCAAAUCACCCAUACUGAGGUUUUAUUUAAUCGGUGGAGGAGUUCCCUGCAUUGUCUGUGGCAUUACAGCUGCCAUCAACAUUGAGAACUACGGCAGCGGGGAGCAGAUGCCAUUCUGUUGGAUGGCGUGGGAACCCAGUCUAGGUGCGUUCUACGCGCCUGUCGCCUUCGUCGUCCUGGUAACCUGCAUCUAUUUCCUGUGCACCUUUAUCCAGCUAAGCAAACACCCCGAGAGGAAGUACGAGCUGAAGGUGAUGACCGAGGAGCAGCAGCGGCUGGCUGACGUUGCACACUGCCACCACCAGGGGGAGCCGGGUGUAGCAGGAGGUGAUGGCGGGCACUGCCACGCAGGCUGCCCGGUACUGAUUAACCCUUCACUGCUGGCCAACGAGCACUCGUUCAAGGCACAGCUGCGGACUGCUGCGUUUACGCUGUUUUUGUUUAUAGCGACGUGGACGUUCGCCGCAUUGGCUGUUUCGCAGGGUCACUUCCUGGAUAUGAUCUUUAGCUGCCUGUACGGUGCAUUUUCCGUCACGCUCGGAUUGUUCGUUCUCAUCCACCACUGCGCCAAACGCGAUGAUGUGUGGCACUGCUGGUGCGCAUGCUGUCCUGCGCGUCGCCCCAAAGCCUGUCAGGGUCAUGGACAUGCCCACGGGCGACCCAAAGUCAACGUGAAUGGCGACACCCACAGUCACUGCCAUUUGGACAAAUCACUUCUGAGCCACUCGCACUGCCACGCCGCCACCGGCCUUUGUAAGCAGAGCGGGCAGAAUCACGUGACCUGCCUGACGCCGGUUUCUCCGUGCUGCGCCACCUUGCACACUCAACAGCUAUUGGAGGAUGAAACGACCCCUCACGUUCUGCUUCACGCUGUCCCGGAGGGACACAGACCAGCCCUGCACUGCUGCUUAAAGCCCGCCAGGACUAAGGCGAGGCGCCACCAGGCUGCGGCAGCAGGCGAACGGGAGCUAACCUUCCACAUCCCCUCCAGUGUGGAUGGUGGAAGCGCGCACAGCUCUCGCUCAAACAGCCCGAACAGCCUGCACGAGCACCAGGGUCACAUUUGCCACCUGGCGCACGAAGGGCACCACGUUUGCCACCACGAGGCUCCCAUUUGCCGUGCCGCACUUUGCCGUCACCAUAUGUGCUGCGCCAAGGACGAGCUUUUUUGCCAGCCCGAGACAGGCGAGACUGGGACCUUCCUGUGUGGAUGUGGGAAGAUAGGCGAGGAUGAGCUAUUGCCGCCCCAUCAUGCCCACAUUGAAAUGCACGCCCGCAGACAGUCCUACCCCCAGAAUCUGCCCAAUCAGAAUGGCAUUCUCAAAGGAAGUGUUCACGAGGGUCUUCUCUACCCUUCCGACACUACGGGGAAUAUACGCACGGGACCCUGGCGAAACGAAACUACCGUGUAGUUUAAGAACUCUCCUCGCGGUAAACUGAACCGCAAUCCCUAGGAUUUAUGAAAGGAACUUUUAAAGAGUCUUUUUUUAGCACUAUCAUAAGUUUAAUUAGCUCUGUCUUGCAUUGUUCAUUGUACAGGAAGUUAAAAGUGGCUCCUCAGAUAUUGCAGUGAAACAUAAAAAUGGUUUUUACCUUUUCGGCAUUAGAACUGGAGCACAUACACCACAUGGCCAAAAGUAUGUUGACAACCCCUUCUAAUGUACACCCAUGAAUAAAAUAUACUUUUUCAGGCGUCUUGGUUCCGUCAGUAUUUUUCCCAUUCAUUUCUUCAAUAGGGAGUUGUUACCAAAGUUACCAAACCAACCAGCUCCGAGGUGAAUCACAACAUUACAAACUUUGAUUUGAAUAAAAAACUGUAUUUGAAAACCUGACAAAAAGUACAAGACUGUGUACUUAACGUCUUUAAUGAGGGAAUGAACUACAAUCCCAUGAAGCGUUGCG